CACUCCACGCAGCCUCCCGAAGCACAGCGCACCCAGCUGUGGGCAAGGACCUAGACACCCUGGUGCUGAGUGGAGAGGCUGAAGUCCAGAAGAGCUAAAGAAGGACAAAUAAAGCCAUGAUAUUUCCAUGGAAAUGUCAGAGUUCUCAGAGGGGCUCAUGGAAUAUCUUCAAGUUGUGGGUCUGGACAGUGCUAUGUUGUGAUUUCCUUGCACGUCAUGGAACCAAUGGCUGGACUUACCACUAUUCUGAAAAAUCUAUGAACUGGGCGAGGGCUAGAAGGUACUGCCAAGAAAAUUACACAGAUUUAGUUGCCAUACAAAACAAGGGGGAAAUUGAGUACCUGGAGAGGACACUUCCCCUCAGCAAAACUUACUACUGGAUAGGAAUCCGGAAAGUAGGAGGAAUAUGGACUUGGGUGGGAACCAACAAGUCUCUUACAAAAGAAGCGGAGAACUGGGGAGAUGGAGAGCCUAAUAACAAGAAGUCCAAAGAGGACUGUGUGGAGAUCUACAUCAAGAGGAUCAAAGACGCAGGAAAGUGGAAUGAUGACUCCUGCUACAAACAAAAGAGAGCCCUCUGUUACACAGCUUCUUGUCAGCCCUGGUCAUGUGGCAACCAUGGAGAAUGUGUGGAAACCAUCAAUAAUUACACCUGCAACUGUGAUGUGGGCUACUAUGGACCCCAGUGUCAAUUUGUGAUUCAGUGUGAGCCUUUGGAAGCCCCUGAUUUGGGGAGCAUGGACUGUAGUCACCCCUUGGGGAACUUUAGCUUUAUUUCCACAUGCACCUUCAACUGCUCUGAGGGAACAGACCUCAUUGGGAUUGAGGAAACCACUUGUGGACCUUUUGGAAACUGGUCAUCUCAAGAACCAACCUGUGAAAUGAUUCAAUGUGAGCCUUUGGAGGCCCCUGAUUUGGGGACCAUGGACUGUAGUCACCCCUUGGGGAACUUCAGCUUUACCUCCAUGUGCACCUUCAACUGCUCAGAAGAAACGGAGUUAAUCGGGGAGAGGAAAACUAUUUGUGGAUCAUCUGGAAUCUGGUCAAGCCCUAGUCCAAAAUGUCAAAAAGUGGACAGGAGUUUCUCAAUGAUCAAGAAGGGCGACUAUAACCCUGUCUUCAUUCCAGUGGCAGUCAUGGUUACUGCUUUUGCUGGGCUGGCAUUUAUCAUUUGGCUGGCGAGAAGAUUAAAGAAAGGUAAAGAGUCCCAGAAAAGGUGAAGGAACUGAGGUAAAGAGAAACAAAAUAUCUGGUCUGAGGUCACUGAAUAAAUGAAAAAGCUGAGAUUUAUACCCAUCUGGAUCCAAAGAUCAUGCUUCAUCCUUAUGCUUCUAGAACUCAGGACUCAGUGAUUGAGCCCUAAGUCCCAGACACCCUCCUCUCCCAGUGAUGCGAUGAUUUCUCCCCGAAACCAUUUGUGAUGGUACUGAGGAAGGGUGGGAUGGAAGAAGUAGAGUGUGUUUCUAGAACAAGCCAAACAUAAAAUGAAAACCAUCACACUAAAUAUUGGAGCAUUUUUUUAAACCCCUGGCGCCAACCUGCAUAGUCCUGUGUGCUCAUCCUUGAAAGUUUUUCGCUGGUGAAUGACCAACACCUAGGGCAUUUGUGGUUUCAAUUCUUGCCAGGUUAUUUUCACUCUUCUGCAAAUUGGUUCUGUUUACCACCUCAUUUGGUUUCUAGUGUCUAAAUUCUGCCUGGGUAAAAGCUACACCCAAGAUACACAGGAAGAUACGAUGCCAACCUCAGUGGAGGGUAUAUGUGAAAUUUUGUUUUCAGAAACAUUUUUAUCUCUGUAUUGGCAAGCACAUUUGCAGCUGCUGAACUGUGGUUUACCCUGGCAGUUCAUCAUGAGAGCAGAGUCUCAGAAUCUGGUUCUCCCUUUGAAAGGUGCUAUUAAGACAUGCCAUAAUUGCCUCCCCGCUCCCUCCCCUCUCCCCCAUCCCCUGCAAGAAUGAGACAACUGUGUCACACACACACAAAAAGGUGUCAUUUACUUCAUGAAACUAGAUUUGUAACCAUUUCCUUAAAUCAUGUCCCACCAGAAUCAGGCAUUUAGAGUUACUACCAUACCUUUCAUAAGUUUUGAUUUUUCUCUAAUUUUUCUUUCUAUUUGAGCAUUGUCAACUUCUACUUUUCAUUGACUGCCCACCACUUAAAGUCUAUCUAAAAUGCCCUUCAUACUCAUUGAUCCUAAAACAGAGGUUGUGCCCCAGAAAUGUCUCCAGGUGUGGUCCAUGGACCAGCAGCAUGAGCAUCAUCAAAGAGCUUGUGAGAAAUGCAGAAUCUCAGGCCCCACCCAGACCUACUAAAUCAGUCUGCAUUUUAACACCACCUCUGGGUGGCAAGUACCUGCAAGUGUGAGAAGCAUUGCUUUAGGGUUUUCUUCUCAUUCUUUUGCCUUAGUGAAUGUCCUGUGUCUUGUCCAACCUAUCUGAAAGGCAUUUUCUUCACUCCUUUUCUGACGUUCAGUGAAUAUUUACCUUUACUAACACUGUUAAGUUUUGCAAUUUUUAAUCUCCUUAUUUUAAUUUAUAUUCUCCUGU